ACCCCUCCUUCUCGACUUUCCCUUUCGUGGAGUUCUUAAACCCUAGUCAUUCCCCACUCGAUAGAGCGGUUUCCUUCUCGAAUUCCCAGCGUUCCGAGCGGGAGUUAGCCGGCGGUGAAGCCAUUGUCGUUGACUGCUUAUCCGUUGUCGGCAGUAGAAACCAUCCAGUUCGCCUUAAAGGCAAAGCCUUUCGGUUUAAAAUAACAAAGAAGAGUUUGGAAGCGGUGAGAAGUGGACAAAGGGGAAAGAAAAGAAAUAGGAAGAUCCAGUAAGGUCACUGAAUCCAGCAAUUCCUAGAAUUUUGAAGAGGGGAGCUUAUAAAGUUGACUUUCAGUAUUGCAAAAAUAUUGACAGGAGUACUGUACUCGUUUAGAGCUUAAACUGUCAAUACUCUAAGUCUAUUCAUGAUCUUGCACCUAAUCCAUUUUAGCUACAUUUUUGUAUUGCUAUAUCUUGAGGUGAAUCUGGUGCUGAAACUACAUAAUCAACCUUUCUUUGAAGUAUGCAACCAAUAGACAUUGCAGAUGUUGAGCUGGCUGUUCUGGAAACCUCAGAAUUGACAACAUUUCCAUGCUCAGUUCAAAAUCUAAGAAGGACCAGUGCAGAAAAGACCAAAACACCACCAUCACUUUUGAACCCAAAGAAACAGAAGCGUCGGAAAAAGCAAGGCCCUUGCAGAAAACUGAUCCCAGAGCAGGGCCUCAUCACCACUGAUAUUGCCAAGUAUUGGCGUCAGCGAUACUCUCUCUUCUCUCGAUAUGAUGAUGGCAUUCAAAUGGACGAAGAGGGCUGGUUCUCAGCCACGCCUGAAGAGAUUGCUGCCACCCAUGCUGCCCGGGCCAGCAGUGGCACCAUUGUAAUUGAUUGCUUUUCAGGUGUCGGUGGCAACGCCAUCCAGUUUGCCUUAAGAAUUAGGGGAUGUCACGUGGUUGCCAUAGAUAUUGAUCCACAGAAAAUAGGAUAUGCAAUCAACAAUGCUAAAAUUUAUGGAGUGGAGGAUAACAUUGAUUUCAUUGUUGGGGACUUCUUCCAACUUGCACCCUUUCUGAAGGCUGAUGUCGUGUUCCUUUCACCACCAUGGGGAGGCCCAUCAUAUAAGAAAAUUCAGAAUUUCACUCUUGAUUUGUUCAAGCCAAGAGAUGGAUAUUCCAUCUUUCAAGUUGCUCAGAAAAUAACACCUAAUAUCAUCAUGUUUUUGCCGCGCAAUGUGGACAUAAACCAAGUGGAAGAGCUUUCCUGGUUGUCUUCCCCUCCCCUAAAUUUUGAGAUUGAAGAAAGCCAUGUACAAGGCUACACUAAAGGAAUUACUGCCUACUUUGGCUAUAUUGUAUCAGGAUCACCUGGAUUAUCUAAAUUGUCCGAAGUAGUAACUUCACAAGAGUUUGGGGCAUCACCACAUGGAUAAGUUUCUGCUGAUGGAGCCUAAUUUUUCCCCUCCCAUUUGGACAUGAAGCAUCUUUUUCUUUUGUCUCAUCUGUAAGUUUUGUUUUUGUACAUAUCUAAUGAUGCUAUUGCUUAUUUAACCAUUCCAGGCAUUCCCAGCUUCUUUACUGCAGGAAUGAGAUUGCUAGGCUUCAACCAUUAGACGUAGAGGGCAUAGAUGCAAGCCAGAACAUUCAGUAAGAUACAGGAUGGAGUAGGGUUUCUGAGGCCAGAGCUUGUUCAGUUUGUUCCUUUUGUGCGCCAACUGAAUGGUAUUUUGAUGGAGGACCAUUGUACUUGAGGUUAAUCACACUUGCUGCCGAGCGCCUUGCAAUCUUUGCAUGGAAUGGAGCUAGCUAUCAAGCGCGCACACACUGGCAGGCCACUAAACUUGCAUCCAUCUUGGGUUCGUAUAUGGUGAUCUCCCUACAUUCUAGUAAUAUGGGAGAUCCAUCUGUAUGGUCUCUCUGUAAAGAAUAUUGCCCUUAUGAAUGUAUAUUAAAUCUGUCUUUGGCAUUUGCAUACGCCAUAUUACUCUUUCCUCUCGUUCUCCUAAACAGAAAUGCCUGUUGAGCUUCA